CGGCGCUGCCACCCCUGGCCACGGUCAGUCGUGUUUCGUACCUCAUCACCGUCGCACGCUACACACACACUAUCGCUCCAUCCCGGCUUCCAUCGUCGAUCACCAGCGAUACAAUUCAACGUGGGACCGCCGCAGCAGUCUAUCACACACACUUUCUCUCUCUACGAAGAGGCGAAUUUUUUUUUCCGCAACACUUGAGAACACGUUUUGCUGACGAAAGGCUAUGCAAUGAUGAGCAUUGGCGAAGAACUCAAAUCCACCAUGCCGUCCUUCAUGCAAUUCUGUUCCAGAGUGGAUCAAGGCAACGUACAAGAAGACUGGUGGAAUACCGGCUCCGACGCUGAAGCCUUCGCGCACAACAACAAGGCCGAUUGGCUAUCGGAUUCAGAUAGUCAGAACACGAUCAUAUGCAGUACAACCAGUUCGUCUCCCGGACCCUCGUUGGGUUCCACGUCUACGGGUGGUGGUCAAAAGCCCGGCUCGUCCAAGGGAAAAGGCGCGGCCCGAUCUAAGGACACGCCAGCUGGACAGAAGCCCGCCCAAGUGGUCGCCAGGCGGAACGCCCGCGAAAGACGCAGAGUACAAGCGGUCAACUGGGCGUUCUCCAGACUCCGCAAAGUCGUUCCUCUAGAAGAAAACAAAAGCAAGAGAAUGAGCAAAGUAAAAACCUUACAACUAGCUAUUGAGUACAUAAACCAACUGCAAGGCGUGCUCUCGCUGCAGAACAGCCCUGUGCACAAUCACCCUGAACCCGACCAUCACCAGUUGCUGACGACCGCCGACAUCAAUCUGUUCUCCGACGUACAGUACAAACUUGAACCCGGCGAACUCCAAUUCCGCAUGCCACCCAAUUUCUACUCACAACUGUUGACUGACAAUCAAAACUGACACCUAAAAACGACAUACGGGAGUUUUCAUUUUAACUAGCGUAUUAUUAUUAUUAUUAUUUAAAUCAUUAAUAACAAAUAUUCGUACCGCGUGGAUACUUAAAAUCAAUCUAUACGAUCAGAUAACAUAUUAAUAUAUGAAUGCCGGUUCAUUUAUUGUUUCAAUUAUUAUUAUUAUUAUUAUUAUUUUUAUUAUUACUAUUAUUAGACAAUACUGCGUUGUUUUUGUCACGGUAAAUCUUCUUCUAAACGUGUUAUUUCCACUUUAAGCAGAUAAUUAUUGAGGUGGUCAAAUGCUGUAAUGAUUAAGAAUUGUUGUAUUCGAGUUUCAAAAAAAAAAAAAAAAUUUUUAUAACUUAAUAAUAUUUAUGAUGUUUUUGUUAACUUUUGUUUGUACAUUUAAAGUCUAGUCAUUACGCUAUUAAGUUGAUUACAAUUAGAUACACUUUUUUCUCUUUUUUUUCAUCAUUAUUUUUCGAACUACGAUGAAAACUGUCCAAGACGGAAUUGAGUGGGAUCUUAAAACCCUUUUCCGUUCUAGAGAAGUUGCCAGCUAGUCCAGUACGUUAUAAUUAUAUCUACAACGUAGAUAUAACUAACUCUUGUGGUUGGACUUAAUUAUAAAUUAAUUUUACUCAUAUUUCUGGCUUAUUCAGAACCGUCUUAGACAGAUUUCAAUAUAAUAUAUUGUAUAAAUGCGUCCAAAUCUUACCAUUUACACAUAUAUUACAAAA